AUGCCAAUCUCAGAUAAAACUGACCUUGAAAGUACACAUCCAUUAGUCUUUUUGUCUAGUUGCCAUGAGUUCUGUCCUAAAAUUCCAUAUGCCCCUUCUAAUCUAGAUUUGGAUUGUUUAGACUUGGUGGGAGAGUUCGGAUUUAAUCAAAAAAAGGAAGGAGGGGAGAUAAGCAAAUAUCAUGGACAUGCAGAGCUCCCUGGAAGUGAAACUAUAAUUCAGCAAAAGACCACACCAAGAGCUCAAGAACCAACAACAGUUGACCCAUAUGCAACAUUAAGCAAGUUCCAAUUGUCCACCAAUUGCAGCUUACAUACAGAAGUCAUGACUAGAAAAACCCCACUUUCAAGCAACAAUCACCUUACCCAAAAUAAAAUGAUAUCCAAAUCUGAAAUUACCUCCAAAAAAAGAAAAGCAAGUUUGAGGAAAAGCAAGAAAAUACAAUUAACUGGGAUAAUUUAA